AAAAACCGGAACACUUACUUCCAGGUUUUUGGCGCUUGGGAGCUGAUUUGUUCGACAACUAAGUCAUUUGAGAACCAAGGUAGCACUGUAAUGGGUAGCAAAAUGAAUACAUUGGAGUAAACUGUGCCUACAAAUGCAUAUCUUAAAGAAAAGAAGGCACAACAAUGUAUGAUAUUAAAGAGAAUUGCAUUCCAGUAAUGUGUAGAUGAGGGGAAACUGAAUACAACUGUGUGCUGAUAGAUUUUCGUGAGGACACUGAUACUGGAGAUCUCUUAGAAUCCGGUAUGCAUAUGCAAAAUCUUUGAUGAUGUCCUAGAGUCCCUUAAGCUGAUGAAAGAGCUUUGAAGAUCUCUAUCUGCUCCCUCUGGGUGCAUCUGGUUUCAAGCAUCAGACUCGAAGUCAGCAAAAUUAAAAGGAAGGGAGUGGGAAUGGUGUUGAGACUAUUAGUCUUUCAUUAUUACAACCACUUAAUUUUGUGACCUUUUGUGCUUAGUGAAGUAAUUUUGCACAUUAAAUUGUCAACAACUAAAUAAAAUAUUAGUCAGAAGAGGCAGUCCCUUGAUCACUGGGGCGGUUGCAGAACUGUAUAAAAGCUCAACGUUCUCCCAGUUUCUCCAACAGCUUCAUCUGACUCUCCUGUCUUCACUACAUCUCACCAAAGCAGCAGACUCACCUCCACCCAACAAUGGUUGACUGUGGUCCAUCCUGCGCUGUCCCAUCCUGCGCUUCCACCCCCACUGUUGGCUUUGGCUCAGCAGGAGGUCUUGGCUAUGGUGGUCUCGGCUAUGGAUUGGGAGGUCUCGGCUAUGGAAAUGGAGGAUUCGGCUACGGAUUUGGUGGUCUCGGCUAUGGACAUGGAGGUGCUGAAAGAGCAGCCAACCUUGGCAUCCUAGAUGGGAUUAUCCCUAAACCCAUCAACCAGAUCCCACCAGCAGAGGUCACGAUCCAGCCACCUGCCUUCGUUGUGACCAUCCCAGGGGCCAUCCUCUCUGCCAGCUGUGAGCCUGUGGCUGUUGGAGGCAACACUCCAUGUGCCGUUGGUGGUUCCGGGAUCGUAGGAGGCUAUGGGGGCUUGGGCUUUGGGUCUGGUCUCCUUGGAAGCUCUGGAGGUUUCGGCUAUGGUUUGGGUUACGGGAGGGGAAGGAAGUUCGGGCGUCGUUUUAGCAUCUGUGCAUAGGCCAAUUGAACCUGAGAAGCAUAUCCUGAACUGAUAAUCAGAGGGCUUGAUACAGAUCUAUUGGCCAUGGUUCAGAAAAGCUGAACUCAAGCAAUCGCUCCUGGAAUUCAUCCUCCGUUCUUUGCUUCAGAGUGCAGAAGAAAAAAGAUCCUUCUACACCGAUUUUCUUCUUUGCUCCUUUCAAUGCUCUCACUUUGACCUUUUCAAUAAAGCUUGUUCUGCAUUCUGAUAA